CUGUGUCACGAGCUGGGGGUGAUGUAGACGAUUCCGUUCCCGCGAACGAUGAACAUACCGCGCACCGUAGCAAAAUGCCAAUCGCUUGUCUUGUAAGAAGACGCAACAAAAACGAAAAAAAAAAAAAAAAACAAAAAACAAAAAAACCAGAGGUGCCGAGUUUUAUUGGAUUCGAUUUCUCGUUUUCUUUUUCGUUUGAUGCUUUUUCUAUUUUGAGAAAUUCUCAAAUCUUAGACGAUUCCAAUCCAUCUUUUCUUAAUCGAUUCAUCGGCGAUACGAUCUUAUUUUCUGUUGAAUUUGCUUUUCGUUUUUAAAUUUUCUUUGGUUUCAGACGGUGAAUGUGUAGGAACGUCGAAAUUUUCUCUUUAGAUCUUUUCCUAUAAUUUCUCCCCCUUUUCAUCCUUCGAUUGAUCGUCUCCGUCUCAAUCACAGCUAAAAACCGCAAUCGAAUUCAAAGUCUUGAAGAAAAUGCGGAGAUUUUACGGUAGAAUUUAGAGAUCCACCUUCGAAAUGGAUUUCCUGAUCGUUCAUCGAAUUCAAUUCUUGCAAUCUUGAUGGGUCGAAUAGGCUUCGAAUUGAGCAAUUGUGUAGCGAUCGAAUGGAUCUGGACGUUACAAACCCUAAUAAAUACAAGAAGAACCCAGCGAACAAUGCCGUUGCUCAGAAGGAGGUCGAUUUUGGUAGGGAAGAAGAUGAGGAAUUGAAGUCGUUGUUGCCGCCUCGAAGGGGCGGAAUAUCAACAAGACCGAAGAAUAUGCGGCGGAAAGUGCAAUGGAAUGAUCGGAAUGGCAACAAGCUUACGGAAGUUUUCGAAUUCCAGCCAAGUGAUCCGAGCGACUCUGACGAUGACGAGGGAUUCGAUUCGUGUAUCUGUACCAUAAUGUAGACUUGACGCAAUACAUCCAUUCAACGGCAUUUAUCGGCCAUAUUGGACAAACAUAACCAAAGCCUGCAAAAUUUUGGAUUUGGGACCUUGCCAAUGUCAAAUAUUGGUAUCGAAGGUCUCACCAGUGGAAGGGCACCAACUCUACCAUAGUGACAUCGGUUUUAUUUUUAUUUUUAAUUUUCAACAGAUUCCUUGGUGACCAUUUGAUUGGGUGGUCCAUAUAUGCACCGUCUUUUCAGGAUGGAAGCAGAUCAAGAUGAAGAAAAUGUUGUCACCCUCACUGUAAGAUAUCUACUACAUACAGUAGAGCCUUCGAUUCAUAAUUACUUUAUGCUUCCAUCAAUGUUCAGUAAGGUCAGAAAAAUGUUGGCAUUCUUGUAUCUAAAAAAAAGAUGAGUAUCAGAAAAGCUGGUUAUUGCUAAUAAAAUCCAGAUUAUGCUGGAAGUUGAAAUAUUAUUGUUUCAACAAAUUGAUUGGAAGUUUAUAACACCUAUUUUCGUUCUUC